AUUGUCACCCUAUGUUACUUCUUGAUCGCCAUCCUUCAUCUCAUUUGUGGAAUCUCUCUGUCCCACUGCCGGUUUAUCUUGUACUGCAUCAAGCUCCUGUUGGAGCUGUCAUCUACGUCAAGUGCAAUCACAUCUAGCAUCCCGAUUGAUCCACGGACAGUGAUUGACACUUUUGAUCUUAAUCCAGCCUCCAAAGCAUUUGUUUGCUGUCCAAAGUGCUUUUCCUGUUAUCCACUCGAUGACAGUGAUUCCUAUCCAGAGCGCUGUACCUUCCAAUCCACACCAGAUUCUGUGAUUUGCAAUCGCUUGCUUCGCCACACCAGGUCCAUUCGA